UUUCGUCGUCGACGCAAACACGUGAUAACGGUGGCGCAAAAGCAGUGAGCGAAUAUAAUCGUUAAGUGAAGAAUCUCCCUACAAAACAAAAUCGUUUCCACCCCAGAGCAAGGUUCUAGUUAGGACCUCAUUUCACCUUUUCCAUCUCUUUUGUUUCAGGAAGAAGAUUGUGGAUAUUUAUAGAAAAAGAAUGAGAACUGAAGUCUUCCAAACUGCUAACAUCUAUCGCCAUCUUCUCAAGGCGGUCAAGAAACAUAUUGGGAAAGAAGAGAAUAAGAGACAUUUUCUAGAAUAUGUAACCUCUGAAUUCCACAAGAACCGAAAUCUGACUGAUGGUGUGGCUGUCCAACAUAAAAUCAAGCUUGCUCGUGAUUACACUUACCUUCUUAACAACGUGCACUAUCACAAGGAGUUGCUUUUCUCAUAUAACAUUGCAGUUGAUAGAUCAGACGAGGUUAAAAGGACACUUGGAAAAUCUGCUGCUAGUGUCGGCCUUCAGCUUCCUGAGGUUUAUCGAUCAUAAUGGUUUGGUAGCUAUUUAUCAAGAUAGAGAACAUGAAAUAAAAAGAUCAGUAAGCAUCGAGGAGGAUGAAAAAAUUGUAUUAUUUAUGCAUUAGUUCAUGUUUUUUCCAAUACCAAGAACUAUUGUCAUUGUGUAUUAGACUUUUGUUUCAGGCUAAUGUAUUUCCAUGUCUCUUCACAAUGUGUUUACAUAAGGGCACAAUGUGUUUAUUCAAGAGUAAUUUGAGAUUCUUUUACAAAUGUUUGCAAUGGAAGUUCAGUUCUUAGCUCA